CAAGUAAAAACAGGUAGAAAUCUUCUAAAUUUCCACACUGAUGCAGUUAAAAUUUCACUUUAAACCAUAGUUUGAUCAUAAUGUCUGCAUUUGAAAUUAUUGUUUAGAAUAACAGUGAGCAAGUGUAGGAAAAAAUUCUUGUGUUAAAUUAUUUUCUAAAUGGGGAUGUAAUCAUCCAAGCCUAAUUUAUCAAUCUUGUUCAUAGAAUUUACAUUAUGUUAUCUUAAAUGGUGAUUUCUCUUCACCUAAUGUAUUACAAUGAAAAGUUUCAAGCAUACACAAAAGUUGAAGACAACACUGUAUAACAGCACUUAGAUUGUUAAUAUUGUACUGUGUAAAUACUUUACCGAAUAUCUAUCUGUCGUUCUGUCCAUUUUACCAAUUUAUCAGUGUAAAUAUAUCUUACUUUUGAUGCAUUUCCAAAGUCAGUUUGGGAACAUAAAUACCCCUAAAUAAUUCUGUUCAAAGUUUCCUGAACAUAUUGUUAAUUUUUAAUAUGAAUUUAUUUAAAUAUGUUCUUGAUCUCAGGUAAGACAUACCUUCACAAAAGUUAACCUAGAGGCCACUUUUGCAAAUAAGAGACAGGCAAAUGUUUGUUUUGCUACAAGCCAAAAUGCCACCUUGAGCCACCUAAAACCGGAGUGUGCAACACUGUGUGGGUAGUGGAGGCAACUGGAGGUUGGACCCUGAAUGGUGGGAGUGAUUAAAGAAAGGCAUGGUUGUUUUAACAGGCUAGUUCCUUGUUUAACAGGGUUCUGUGUGGGAAGGGAUCAGCAACUUUCACAGCUAUUUAGGAAGAAAAUGGGAAAGUGGGGAGGAGCAAUAGAGCCAUUAGAAAACUGUGAAAGAAGUGCCAACCCAGAAAAGAGGGACGUGUGGUCAGUUCCUGUGUUUAACUCUGUCCUGGAGAACAAGCAGCUAUGGAGACCAAAGGUUACCACAGUCUCCCUGAAGGUCUGGAUAUGGAAAGACGGUGGAGUCAAGUUUCUCAGAAUGUGGAGCGUUCUUCACUUGGGCCUGUAGAGAGGACCGAUGAGAACAACUUUAUGGAGAUUGUCAACAUCAGCUGUGUUUCCGGUGCUAUUCCAAACAACAGUACUCAAGGAAGCAGCAAAGAAAAACAUGAACUACUCCCUUGCCUUCAGCAGGACAAUAAUCGGUCUGGGAUUUUACCAUCUGAUAUUAAAACUGAGCUGGAAUCAAAGGAGCUUUCAGCCACCGUCGCUGAGUCCAUGGGUUUGUACAUGGAUUCUGUCAGAGAUGCUGAGUAUACCUUCGAUCAGCAGAACCAACAAGGAAGCAUGAGCCCAGCAAAGGUUUAUCAAAACAUGGAGCAGCUGGUCAAGUUUUACAAAGAGAAUGGCCACCGGCCCUCCACGAUAAGUGGUGUGAACAGGCCCUUGAGGUCAUUCAUGUCUGAUUCCGGGAGCUCCAUGAAUGGCGGCGUCAUGCGUGCCAUUGUUAAGAGCCCAAUCACCUGUCAUGAGAAGAGCCCCUCUGUUUGCAGCCCUCUGAACAUGACGUCUUCAGUGUGCAGCCCUGCGGGCAUCAACUCCGUGUCCUCCUCUACAGCCAGUUUUGGCAGUUUCCCAGUGCAUAGCCCCAUCACUCAAGGAACCCCUCUGACGUGCUCCCCCAAUGUUGAAAACCGAGGCUCCAGGUCGCACAGCCCAACACAUGCUAGCAAUGUGGGCUCCCCUCUUUCAAGUCCAUUAAGCAGCAUGAAAUCCCCAAUUUCCAGUCCUCCAAGUCACUGCAGUGUAAAAUCUCCAGUCUCCAGUCCAAAUAAUGUCACUCUGCGCUCCUCUGUGUCCAGCCCGGCAAAUCUCAACAACUCAAGGUGCUCUGUUUCCAGCCCUUCCAAUACUAACAACAGAUCCACUCUCUCUAGCCCAACAACUAGCACUGUGGGGUCCACCUGCAGCCUCAUCAGCAAUGCCUUCAGCUACGCUGCCUCUGGCACCUCUGCUGGAGCCGGUGCCACCAGGGAUGUGGUUCCCAGUCCAGACACCCAUGAGAAAGGUGCUCAUGAGGUCCCUUUUCCUAAGACUGAGGAAGUAGAUAAUGCCAUCUCCAAUGGUGUGAAUGGCCAACUCAACAUUGUCCAGUACAUAAAAGCAGAACCAGAUGGAGCUUUCAGCAGCUCCUGUCUAGGAGGAAACAGCAAAAUCAAUUCCAGUUCUCCAUUCUCAGUACCAAUAAAGCAAGAAUCAACCAAGCACUCGUGUUCAGGAGCCUCUUUUAAAGGGAAUCCGACUAUAAACCCAUUUCCAUUUAUGGAUGGCUCAUAUUUUUCCUUUAUGGAUGAUAAAGACUAUUAUUCCCUGUCAGGAAUUUUAGGACCACCUGUGCCGGGCUUUGAUGGUAACUGUGAAGGCAGCGCAUUCCCAAUGGGAAUUAAGCAAGAGCCAGAUGAUGGGAGCUAUUACUCCGAGGCCAGUAUCCCCUCAUCUGCCAUUGUUGGCGUGAAUUCUGGUGGACAGUCCUUUCACUAUAGGAUUGGUGCUCAAGGUACAAUAUCUUUAUCACGAUCACCUAGAGACCAGUCUUUCCAACACCUGAGUUCCUUUCCUCCUGUCAAUACAUUAGUGGAGUCAUGGAAAUCACAUGGUGACCUGUCAUCCAGAAGAAGUGAUGGAUACCCUGUCCUAGAAUACAUUCCAGAAAACGUAUCAAGCUCUUCUUUACGAAGUGUUUCUACUGGAUCCUCAAGACCUUCCAAAAUUUGCUUGGUGUGUGGGGACGAGGCUUCGGGAUGUCACUAUGGGGUAGUGACCUGCGGAAGCUGCAAAGUCUUCUUCAAAAGAGCCGUGGAAGGGCAACACAACUAUUUAUGUGCUGGAAGAAAUGACUGUAUCAUCGAUAAGAUUCGAAGAAAGAAUUGUCCUGCCUGCAGACUUCAGAAAUGUCUUCAAGCUGGUAUGAACCUAGGAGCUCGGAAGUCAAAGAAAUUGGGGAAAUUAAAAGGCCUUCAUGAAGAGCAGCCACAGCAGCCACCACCCCCACCACCACAGAGCCCCGAGGGAGGGACCACAUACAUUGCUCCUACCAAGGAGCCCUCGGUGAACUCCACGCUGGUCCCACAGCUCGCCACCAUCACACGUGCACUAGCGCCGUCCCCGGCCAUGAUCCUGGAGAACAUCGAGCCAGAGAUCGUAUAUGCAGGCUACGACAAUUCCAAACCAGACACAGCAGAGAACCUGCUCUCCACACUCAACCGCCUGGCAGGCAAACAGAUGAUCCAGGUGGUGAAGUGGGCCAAGGUACUUCCAGGAUUUAAAAACUUGCCUCUUGAGGACCAAAUUACCCUCAUCCAGUAUUCUUGGAUGUGUCUAUCUUCAUUUGCCUUGAGUUGGAGAUCGUACAAACAUACGAACAGCCAAUUUCUCUAUUUUGCGCCAGACCUAGUCUUUAAUGAAGAGAAGAUGCAUCAGUCUGCCAUGUAUGAACUGUGCCAAGGGAUGCACCAGAUCAGCCUUCAGUUCGUGCGACUGCAGCUGACCUUUGAAGAGUACACCAUAAUGAAGGUUUUGCUGCUACUAAGCACAGUUCCAAAAGAUGGUCUCAAGAGCCAGGCUGCAUUUGAAGAAAUGAGGACAAAUUACAUCAAAGAGCUGAGGAAGAUGGUCACUAAGUGUCCCAACAGUUCUGGGCAGAGCUGGCAGAGGUUCUACCAACUGACCAAGCUUCUAGACUCCAUGCAUGAUCUGGUGAGUGACCUGCUGGAAUUCUGCUUUUAUACCUUUCGAGAGUCCCAGGCCCUGAAGGUGGAGUUUCCUGCCAUGUUGGUGGAGAUCAUCAGCGACCAGCUGCCGAAAGUGGAGUCUGGGAACGCCAAGCCCCUUUACUUUCAUAGGAAGUGAUAGGAGGUGUCAGACUGGAAGAACUUUGCCUUAAGUUUCCCCAUGUUGUUCUACACCUAUGAAGGACCCAAGAAAUCAUAUUUUUAACAUGUGACGGUUGAUUCACACUUGUUCAGCAGUUUCUCAAGUUUAAAAUCAUGUUAAGGGUCUGGAGCCGGGAAAGCCAUGGGUUUGGCAAGGCCUGAGCUGGCUGAAAGACUCUUCCCUCUCCACUCCCAGCGCUUAGAAACACGUUCCCGUUCCUCUGGAUGAAAAGCCAUAUCUAGUCAAUAACUCUGAUUUUGAUAUUUUAACAGAUGGAAGUUUUAACUAUGCCAUGUAGUUUCUGGUAUCUUUUGCUUGUUUUCAAAGGGUUCAAGGACUAAUGAACUUUUUAAAGCUUACCCUUGGUUUGCACAUAAAAUGUCUAGUCAAUAUGGGGCAUUAAUAUUCUUUUGUUAUUUAAAAACACAAAAAAGAAAAAAUAUAUACAGAUUCCUGUUGUGUAGUAAUGGAACAUGUGGUGGGAACUGCGGCCCUGCAGGGCACGUUUUCCUGCAUCACUGGCAUAUACACUCGUUAGCGUCCACUUAUUAUUUAAUUAGAAUGGAUAAGAUGUUAACUGCCUUGGUUUCAAUUUCUAGUAUCUAUUGUGUUGGCUUUACAAAUAAUUUUUUGCAGUCUUUUGCUGUGCUGUACAUUACUGUAUGUAUAAAUCGUGAUGGCCUGAAAUAAGGUGUGAGGAACUUUUGUAAAUGAGACAUACGAAAAAAAUCUUUAAUGGUUAAUAGGAUGAAUGGGAAAGUAUUUUUGAAAGAAUUCUAUUUUGCUGGAGACUAUUUAAGUACUAUCUUUGUCUAAACAAGGUAAAAAUUUUUUUGUAAAGUGAAAUGCUCUGCAUGCGUAAUGAACCGUUUACAGUGUAUUUAAGAGAGGGAAAGCUGUGCCUUUUUUAGCUUCAUAUCUAAUUUACCGUUUUACAGUCUCUGUUGUAAAUAACCACACUUAAACCUCUUUGGUUGUCUUUAAGCCUUUCUACGUUUUCUCUACUAUUUGUUUUGUUUCUGGUCUCCCGCUCGGGGUGUUUGUGAGACUCCAGCACACUGUCUGGCUUCUGCUUCUUCUGCUUCCACUGGGGAUGCCACUGCAGUGUCUGCAGCUCCUGGCGGAUGUGGUUUGACAGCACCCGCUGGACAGAGGUCAUGAGAGUGCUGCAGCUCUAGGAAUGCUGCUUUGUCCCUUUCCACAAGAAGCAGAGUCGGCUCUUGGAGGGGGAGACUGGAAAUUGGGUGCAGAGAGCACAGUUCUCCUCCCACAAUUCUCCUUUGGGUGAAAAAUUCCAUGCACUCUCUACAUCUGUCAGAGAUCAGAAAGACAUCUCUGGUCUUGGACAGGGUUCUGCACUCCUGGAACUGGUCAUGGGAACAUAGCUAUCAUGGCAGGAGGUACUGGGGCAAUCCAUCUGGGCAACGGUCAGUUAGAAUGGCGUGGAGACCCGAAGAUCACUAGAGGGUUUUUAGAUUUUUUUAAAGGUAGGUUUUAAAAAGAAAAUUUUAUACAUAAACAGUUUUAGAGAAAAAAAAAAAACAAAAAACAAAAACACUACAGAUCAUGUAAGCAAGACAGUGGCACUAAAUUUUUUAAUUCAUUAAUUUGUCUGAUGAUGCAAUUUAUGGCUUUUCUCUUGCCCCAAAUCACAAACAUGUGUAUCUUUGGGGAAACUAACAAUAUGAUUGCACUAAAUAAUCUACUUUGAAUAGAGGCCAAAUUAAUCUUUUGAAAGUGGUUAUGAUUGUCAUUGGUACUCAGUGAAAUCAUAUGAAUUCCCAAAACUUAAAAGGUGUAGCUCAGGCCUAAGGCUGGGAUGAGCUGCAGGUGGCUCAGCACUUCUCCGUAGGGUUCACCAUGCAGGCAACAUUACCUUGUCUUUCAAAAGACACCUGCCUUCUGCAAAGGGAAACCUAGGAACACUGAGCGCAGAGGAGAGGGUUUUCUUAAUUUGCAAUGUCAAAUUUUUAAUUUAUACGCAGAUCUUUAAAUGCAGUCAACUUAUAUGCACAGCAAUAUGAAAGCCACACUUUGAAGGUGAUAAAUAAAUAGCAUGCAGACUAGGCAUUUCUGGAAAAGAAAUAGCUUAUGAAAGCAGCUCUGAGUUAACUAUGAAAUUGGAAUUUCAUCUUAGCUAGGCUGGAGAUGGAAAACGUCUGCAUUAGCUUUUUGUAUUAACAAAGUUACUGGCUCCUUGCGUGUCUCCAGGUAACUUUGCUUGAUCAAACAGCGAAGCCAUAUUCUCUAAAUUCACUGUUGAAUGCCUGUCCCAGUCCAAAUUGUCUGUCUGCUCUUAUUUUGUACCAUAUUGCUCUUAAAAAUCUUGGUUUGGUACAAUUCAUAAUUCACCAAAACUUCAUAUAAUUAAAACAACACUAAAUUAGUUUAAAAUGAAGCAAUUUAUAUCUUUAUGCAAAAACAUGUCUGUCUUUGCAAAGGACUGUAAGCAGAUUACAAUAAAUCCUUUACUUUAAUCA